AUGACCGACACUACCGAGACCCCCGCAGAGCCUACCCCCAUGGAGGUGGUUGACGAACAAGGCCCCGGUCUCUCGACUUCAUCUACCAAGACCAAAGGCCGCCACCUUGUUCUCUGUGGUGUGCAACGAAUACCCUCCUCACCUUCGCCGUCCAGGACCGGUCGUACGAGAUCGCACAGCAGUCCCCAGCGCGGACGCGUGAAUGUCUCUUGCGUGAGCUUGGCAGGACCUUCGACCUCCACAACUUCUUUUGGUGGCGAUUCUUACUUUCCUGCCGGAGUGACAGCAUCUGGCUACGCCAGCGCCUCGAGCUCGGUUCCAGGAACACCCUCGAGCGAAACCGUCCAAUUCGUGGGCAUUGAUGGCCGUCUGGCUAUCCGACGAGUCGACAAUGUCUUUCCCAUGUCGCAGUCACCAGUGCCUCAGACAGUUGGGCUUCCGUCCGACAUGAGGACGACGAGCAGAAUCCAAGUCGCAAACCCCGAGGUACCCAAGCGUGGCUUCAACUUCUGGGAGAGCAUGCCUCACGAGAUGCGUGUGCACAUCUUCUCCUACCUUACACCCAAGGAGCUUGUUCGAGCUUCGCGCGUUAGCAAGAUGUUCUACAAGAUCUGCUUCGACGGGCAGUUGUGGACAUGCUUUGAUGCUACGGAAUUCUACCAGAUAAUUCCUGCAGAGUCGCUUGCAAGAAUUAUCGUUGCUGCCGGGCCUUUCAUUAAAGACCUGAACCUCAGAGGCUGUGUCCAGGUCGAACACUAUAAACGGGCUGAGGUGGUCGUCAAGGCCUGCAAGAACCUGGUCAACGCCACGCUGGAAGGAUGUCGCAAUUUCCAACGCAACACACUACACAGCCUGCUGAGGAGCAACGAUCAGCUCGCCAACCUCAACCUGACUGGAUUGACAGCAGUGACCAAUAUGUCCUGCAAGAUCAUCGCCGAGUCAUGCCCUCAGUUGGAGACGUUCAAUGUAUCGUGGUGCGUGCACAUGGACGCACGAGGCAUCAAGACAGUACUCUUGGGGUGUCCCAGACUGAAGGAUUUGAGGGCCGGAGAGGUUAGGGGUUUCGACAACCUAGAAGUCGCUGAUACGAUCUACGAGACGAACAACCUCGAAAGGCUGGUUUUGAGUGGCUGCGCCGAGCUCAACGACCGCGCGCUCAAGAUCAUGGUCCACGGAGAAGACCCCGAGAUCGAUAUCCUUACCGACCUACCCGUCGUCCCUCCGAGGAAAUGGCGCCACCUCGAUCUCAGCCGCUGCUCCCGUCUCACGACUCAGGGGGUAAAGGCUUUAGGAUAUAACGUCCCUGAUCUCGAGGGACUGCGGCUGUCCGGUUGCACCGCGCUCACAGACGCCGCGCUGGAGCCCAUAUUGGCAUCCACCCCACGCCUGACACACCUCGAGAUGGAGGACUUGUCAGAUCUAACCAACAGUCUCCUAUCAGAUCACUUGGCCAAGGCCCCCUGCGCGCGGUGGCUAGAACACCUGUCCAUCAGCUAUUGCGAGAACCUCGGCGACAGCGGCGUCCUCCCGGUCGUCAAAAACUGCGUUAACCUCCGAACCAUGGAACUUGACAACACCCGCAUCAGCGACCUCGUCCUCGCCGAGGCGGCUUACAUGGUCAACAACCGCUCCCAAAGCACCGCGGCGAAGCCGAAACCGGGGGUCGGCCUGCACAUGGUCGUCUACGACUGCCAAAACGUCACCUGGACCGGCAUCCGCGAGGUCCUCUUCCGCAACGCCCAGAUCAAGCCCUCCAUGUCCGAGGCGGGCAAGUUUACAUACUCGGCCGAGGCCGUCAGUCUCAAGUGCUUCUACAAGUUCCAGAUGACUGUCGACGAGCAUAUGAAGCGCGUACUCCGGGGCGACCUCGCCGCCGCCAACCGCCUCGAACGGCGGUGGGCCGACUACAUGCAGGCCACCGAGGAGGCAGGGACCGCCGGAGCCGGUCACCGACGUCGCAGACGCAGGGCCCGCGAGGCGCAGAUUCUGCAUGCCGACGAGGAGGAGGGCGGUAACGGUGGUCGCCGGCGGGGCCGGACCGUCGGGUCUUGUACCGUCAUGUGA